UUGCAAGGUUGCAGUGUUCUGUCUGGCAACAAAGAUCAUUUGAUAGCGUUAGUUCGUUGCUUGCCUGCAUCGCGGACCUACAAUUCACCAGGCCAGUCGCGAAACAACAUUUUAUCCAAAGAUCUCAACUUCGGAAAUGGCCAAUGUCAACGAUUUCGAUUUCCUCCUAUUGACGCCCGGUGACUUUGGGGAAGUGACCGAAUUUUUGGCGAAGGAAUACUUCACUAGGGAGCCGCUGACCCUGGGCACCCAAUCAAAAGACAUCCGGCCGACAGAGGGCAGGAUAGGAGCAGACAUCCGGAAGUGUCUCGAGUCGGGAGCGUCUAUGGGCGUGAGACACAGACCCACGGGUGAGUUGGUGGGCGUGAGUACAUGCAUAUUCGAAUCACAAGAGAAAUCUUCGACGCCCACCCAUCCGGCGAAUGAGCUAACUCUCUUCUACCGCAUGUACGACGAAGUAAUGAAAGGCGUCGAGGUCUUUGAAGAGAAGGAAGUAAACAAAGUGCUGUCGGUCUACAUGCUUGGAGUUCACAGAGGCUUCGUGGGACGUGGUUUGGGCCAAAGGCUUGUGGAGCUUUGUGUCGCUAAAGGCGUGGAAAGGGGUUGCCAGAGGUCAGUCGUGUGCAUCACCAGCAAAUUCUCUUACAAAAUCUUCGCCAAGCUAGGUUACGAGGUGCGUCACUGCCUUGACCUGACCUCCCUCGGGCCGGACUGGGGCGUCGACACCUCGCUCAUGAAUGGGAACACCCUAGUCAGCGUCAUGGCCAAGCGGUUGUCUUAAAGAUGGAGAAGAAAGGAGUGUUAAUUGUUUAUAAAGAGUCCCUUGUUUAUAAAGAACUGUGUCUCAUUAUUGAAAAAAAAACAUGGUAGUCUUAAUUGAUAUGUUUAUCAAAUAACAGUAUUAUGAGAAUUCUUAUCUUUUAGGUAGUGUAUGAAUUAUUUUGUCUAUUUACUGCUUCAGAGUAUUUUUCUUCCCCGAAGAAUAUUUGAUUUAACAAACAGAAUUUUCCCAUUCACAUAUAAUAAAAAAAAUAUAAUAAUCUGCUAGCCCAUUCAGGUAAAUGAUGAUCAUAUCUUUUGAUAUUUUUAGUCUAAGGGCGAGUGAGAGAUUAAAACAGUCUUGGCGAUUCGUAAUAAAGCUCGGUCUAGUCUUGGAAACUCGAAGAAAAAAAUCUAAGUGGCCAUAGUAUCCAAAGCUGGGCGAUUUUCAUAGUGUGGUAAUAAUAUGUAAUUCUUUAUGUGUCGUGUCAUCUGAAGUUUCUUUGACCUAUUAAGCUCAUUAUCUCUUUGCAUUUAUUCCUCAAAAUGCAAUAUCAAAGAGUCUCCCAGUUGUAUAUAUCAGCAUCAGUAGUUGUGGACUAGAAUCAGUAUUGUUGAUCACGCAAUUAUAUGAAAGGAAAUUCAAAGGAAAAAUAUAUACAAGUUUUUAACUGUGAAACCCACUUUCGGUGAUGUAAGCGAAUCGGAAUUUCAGUUGUUGAACCUAAAA